GUACACGGGAAUAAACAAAGAAUUCUCUUGGAAACAAAUGAUUCCUAAGAAAAACAUCCUAUGAUCAAAAGAACACAUGUACAAAAUAAUCUAAAGAUUAGAUCCUCCGAUUUUCCUUUAGAAUUUUCUCUUUUUUAGGGGCAUUAGAAUUUUUUUCUCGAGACUAUUGGUAAUAUUUUGAAUCAAAGAGGCCUGCUUACCACUAACGGCCCAUCUUCACUAAAGGCUCUUAUAGCCGGGCCGUGAUUCUUACCGCAGCCCAGAAACGCGAAGGGUAAUAUGGCCCAGCAAAGCCCAUCCGCAGCCGUCUUCCUGCCAGGCGGGACCCACCUGUCAUCAGCCACCUCACCUCUUCCCCGCCAAAUUUGGGCUCCGCACCCCCGCGAACCCCUCGCCGCCGCUCGCGCGCCUCCGGUACUAAGUGCACGCGCGCAAUGGCGCGUCCGCCCGUGCUGCAGCUCCCCGUCGUCCCCCUCUCGCCCACCCUCUCCUUCGCUCGCGAUGGGGUCCGCGGCGUCGACCGACAGGGCCGAGCGGCGGAGGCGGGACCGGGCGCCGGGGCACAGCGGGGCCUCCGAUCCCCCGGCGGCGCCUCCGCAGGAUCCUUCGGCGUCGGCGUCGGCAUCGGAGGCGGAUGUGAGCAGAAAGGGGUGUAAGGUGGCGCCAGAGCCCAAGGAUGGGGAAGAGACGGCGCCGCUGCCGGGCUCUCCCAGCUUCCGGAUCUACUGCCAGAAGGCGGCCCGGGUCGACGCUCUGGUGGCCGAGGAAGCCGAUGAAAACGCGGACGACGACGGGUUCGCCAGUGCCGAGGACACUACUAUGGCGGUCAGGAAGGACGAUCCUCCACACUGCUCCGGCGACGCCCUACUCCUUGCAGACACUACUCUGGCGGUCAGGAAGAACGAUCCUCCACAAUGCUCCGGCGAGUUGCCCAAAUGUAAGGAUGGGUGGCUGAAGUUCAGAGGCCAGACGGUCGUCGGCGCGCUGCACAGCUUUAUCGUCUGUCACAGCAAGAGAACUUCAGCUCCUCCUCCUGCUGCGAAACCUCCCCACCGUCCCGGUGCUGCUUCACAAGCUGUUGCUGCAGAGCCCUAUCUCUGACCAGGCAGUGCAUGUGUGCUUCACGUUUUAUGUGUCAUCAUGUAAAAUGUGGAUGAUUCAGUCACCUCCUAUGAUGCUUUGCGGCGUUAAUUUUCUGUACUUAAUCCUGGUUGUUGUUUGUGAGCUAACCCUGCAUAUGAGCAACUGGUUUCGAGGAGCGCCAGUAUGUGAGUGCUCCUUUUGUUCAUUAGAGAAGGAUUACUGGUUAGUGUUGCAGAAAAAUGGAUAAGCAUACUAGUUUGGAAACUGUUCAUGCAA